AUGGCGGCGGUGGAAGAGUUCCAGGAGUCCGACGUGUUCUUCUCCGGCGACCACCACCGAGAAACGGCAGAUCCUCAUCAUCAUCGUCACGAAAUCCGACGGCAGCCGCGGUCCAGCAACAAGAAGCAGAAGAAAUGGAGCAGUAGUAGCAUCCCAGCUAAUGUUUUCCGGUUCGGAGAUUUGGAGGAGUUGGAGGAUGAUGAGUAUGAAGAGGAGGAAGCCCAAGGAUUGGUCCCUCCCCACGUUAUCCUGGCGAGGAGGGUGGCCGGGGAAAUGGCGUUCUCCGUUUGCACGGGGAACGGGCGGACGUUGAAGGGGCGAGAUUUGAGCCAAGUCAGGAAUUCGAUUCUGCGGAUGACUGGCUUUCUGGAGACGUAG